AUGCAGAACGGACUUCCCACUCCCUUCGCACCUCAGAGACAAGAUGUCAUUUGUUACAGCCUAACUACCACAUCAGCAGAAAUCAACACCCCAGCAUCCAUCGAGCCAUUAUCCCUUCGAACGUCACCACUACGCCCACCCUGCCCAGCUGACGAGCGCAUCUUUCGCUGGCGUGGAGUCAACACCCCGCCCCCUUCCACAAUCGACAAUCCCUUAAUCCACUUCCUCGCCAAUAUAUCCAACCAGGCCUCCCUUCGAGAGACGGCGAGUUACGGAUCAGGCCUGCGAAAGUUCCACGUCUUCUGUGACAUCUUCUCCGUCCCAGAAACGAACCGUCUGCCAGCAUCAUUCGAGUUAUUACACUCGUUCGCUCUCUGGGCCGUAUCCGACCCAUCCAUAGCCAAUUCAUUCCUAAGAAAAUACCUAUCCGCAGUCCGCACAUGGCAUAUAGCACAAGGAUGGCAACCCCCGCUAACGCCAGAUCAUUUCACGCGCAUAAACUGGUCACUCCAAGGAAUGGAAAACCUACAGGGGACACGCCGCAAACCAGUCAGGCCCCCAAUUACCAUCCGCAUGCUAUCGGCCAUCAAAGCCACUCUACAGAUAGACCAGCCAUUCGACGCGUGCAUCUGGGCGAUGUCGAGCUGCGCAUUCUUUGGAAUGAUGCGGUUCGGCGAAGUCACCGUCAAGUCACGCACCAGUUUCGACAAAUCGAAACAUAUCACGCGAAAGGACGUUCAUUUCGGUGUCGACCUAGCCGGAAAACCGUACGCCAGACUCGACCUACCGCAAGCCAAGACGGCAAAGUCAGGAGAAACUCAAUCAGUGUUCAUAGUGGAGCAAGGAGAACUCUGCCCAAUCCAAGCACUACGGAACUUAGCGAGUGUGGUUCCUGCGCUACCAGACGACCCACUAUUUUCGUGGAGGGACAGCAAAGGGUGCGUUCGACCAAUGGUCAAAGCCCGGGCAAUCGAGACGGUAAACAAGAUCCUGUCCGCCUGGAACUGGGGGACAACGUUUGGGCACUCGUUCAGAAUUGGCGGAGCAUCAUUCUACCUGGCCAACAAGGUAGACCCAGAGAUAGUUCGGAUCGCCGGCCGAUGGAAGUCGUUGGCAUACGAGACUUACAUCAGAGCCUUCGAACAAAUAGCAACUCAACAUCUCGGCGGCUUAACGGAGACGGUACGAACCGUCAAUAGCUAG